AAUUACGAGGCGUAGUGAAUGUGACAUGGAGAUAAACAGACGCACACUAUGCAGAUGUUUGCGGUUAUCGACCUUACGGAUUAUUUAGCAAACGAUACGUUUAUUUAAAGGACAGAUCUGCUCCGCACGCCGUAUUGUUUUGUGUCUGUACGACUGAAAUGGUUUCUAGUCGCUCAGUUUGACGAACACACUCUCUCAGGAUGGUGUCGUACAAGCGGCUGAACCCGGAAGAUGUUCAGUUUUCCGGCGCAGUCUUGUCAGAAGAGCCUUGUCCUGUGCGUGAAGAAGUUCCAGCUCCGGAUCCAGAGGAAGCCUCCCUGCUUCCCCAAAGGCCACGGUGCUCCGUCACCACAUGCCUCCUGGUGAUUGGCGCCCUGCUGCUGCUCCUAUGUGGAGGCUGGCUACUGGGCACCAUGUUCUGGCUGCACCGUCCGUCCAACCAGCAGCCACGCCGGCCCCCGUCACCGGCCCCUGCGCAAACACCGGACUCUCAAGUAGAAACGGGAGUGAACGACACUGCAGCUGCCUCCCGCCGAGAGGCCUGCAGUUUAAUCCCCGAGGCGUGGAGGUUUGACUGCUACCCCGAAAGAGCCGUGGUUGUGACCCGAGAGUUGUGUGAGGCGAGGAACUGUUGCUUCAUCCCUGCGUCCGCUCCCUCCUCCUCCGCUGCUGCCCGCCCAUCCGGGAGAAACGGCAUCCCUUGGUGUUUCUAUCCUCAGGAUUUCCCUUCCUACUCGCUGGUGUCGAUAAACGACACAUCGCUGGGACAGAAAGGUACGCUGGUGAGGGAGGUGAAGACCUACUACCCUGCAGAUAUCCUCACUCUGGAGGUGGAGAUACGUCAUGAGACGGACACGCGGCUACGUGUCAGGAUUACCGACCCCUCUAGUCCGAGGUUCGAGGUUCCGAUCUCUGUUGCCGCUGCCGCCAAGAAGGCCGACAGUCCAGACUACAUCGUGGAGCUUUCAAAGAGUCCGUUUGGUCUCAUCGUGAAGAGGAGCUCCACAGGAGUAGUGCUUCUCAACACCACAGUGGCUCCUCUCUUCUACGCGGAUCAGUUCCUCCAGUUAUCCACCUCCCUGCAGAGCCAGUUCAUUUACGGCCUGGGUGAGCACCGCUCCACCUUCCUGCAUGACCUGCACUGGAACACGCUCACCAUGUGGGCCAGAGAUGUGCCUCCUACGGAGCAGACAAACCUGUACGGAGCUCAUCCGUUCUACCUGGCGAUGGAGGACGGAGGCACCGCGCACGGUUUCUUCCUGCUGAACAGCAACGCAAUGGAUGUGGCCCUCCAGCCCGCCCCGGCCCUCACCUGGCGCACUAUUGGUGGAAUCCUUGACUUUUACGUUUUCCUCGGUCCUGAUCCUGCUUCCGUGAUUGGACAGUAUGUGGAGGUCGUAGGAUACCCGACGAUGCCCGUCUACUGGGCUUUAGGCUACCAUCUCUGUCGCUGGGGUUACAAAACCAGCAAUUCCACCUGGGAGGUUGUCAAGAGCUUGAGGAAUUAUGGGAUACCUCAGGACGUCCAGUGGAACGAUAUCGACUACAUGGACCAAUUCCUGGACUUUACUUUUGACCCGACAAAGUUCGGCACGCUGCCGGAUCUGGUCAAGGACCUGCACGCUCACGACCAGCGCUACGUCAUGAUCCUGGACCCGGGUAUCAGCAGCUCGCAGCCCGAGGGCUCCUACUGGCCGUACGACGAAGGGCUGAGGAGAAACGUUUUUAUUAAAGACGCCGAAGGGAAAACACUCAUUGGGAAGGUGUGGCCUGGUCUGACAGCAUAUCCUGAUUUCUCUGAUGAUGUGACGCAUGAAUGGUGGUACGACAACCUCCAGAGGUUCCACCAGAAGGUGCCAUUUGAUGGAUUAUGGAUCGACAUGAAUGAGCCGUCAAAUUUCCUGGACGGGUCCACCAAUGGCUGUCCAUCAAACAGUCUUGAAAAUCCUCCUUACACACCCGGUAUACUUGGAGGUCUGCUGAGAGCUAAAACUGUGUGUGCCACCGCACAGCAGAAGCAGUCCGUCCACUAUAACAUGCACAGCCUCUAUGGACUAAUGGAAGCUAAGGCGUCUGCAAGCGCUCUGAAGCGGAUCCUGGCAAAGAGACCGUUUGUAAUCUCUCGCUCCACCUUCCCCAGUCAGGGGAUGUUCUCUGGUCACUGGCUGGGAGACAACAGGAGCCAGUGGAAAGAUCUGUACUCUUCGAUCGCAGGGAUCUUGACCUUUAACCUUCUUGGCAUCCCGUUGGUGGGAGCAGAUAUCUGCGGCUUCAGCAAGGAGCCAGAGGAGGAGCUCUGUGUCCGCUGGACGCAGCUGGGAGCUUUCUAUCCCUUCACGCGCAACCACAACGCCAUCGACAUGGAGCCUCAAGACCCGACAGCGUUCAGCCCUCUGGCUCGUACAGCCAUGAAGCAGGCUCUGCUGCUGCGGUAUUCCCUCUUCCCCAUCCUGUACACUCUCUUCCAUCAUGCGCAUGUACACGGACACACUGUCGCACGGCCCUUAAUGUUUGAGUUCCCGAAAGACGUGAGAACAUAUGGGAUUGACAAACAGUUCUUGUGGGGGAAGAGUUUAUUGGUGACACCAGUAUUGGAUCCGGGAGUCGACUAUGUGGACGGUUACUUCCCAGAGGGUCUGUGGUACGACUACUACACGGGCGACUCUCUGCGCAGUAAGGGUGAAGACCUUCGACUUCACGCCCCUCUAGAUAAGAUCAACCUGCAUUUGCGCGAGGGCUCUAUAACACCAACACAGGCGCCCAACCUGACGCUGUGGGUGAGCAGCGGUCAGCCUCUCCAUCUGGUCUCGGCUCUCUCCGACGGCGGCUCAGCCAGCGGAGAUCUGUACUGGGACGACGGAGAGAGCAUCGACACCUACGAGAACGACCUGUACUCCUACAUCGUCUUCGACGUCGCUCAGAACGCGAUGACAUCACAGGUGCUGCAUAGCAAUGUGGAGGCCACGUACAUCACCGUGGAGACGGCCUCCUUCUACGGUGUGAAGCAGGAGCCGAGCAGAGUGCUGGUGAACUCCCAGGAUGCAGCGUUCAUGUACAGACCCAACCAGGUGUUGACAGUUGCAGAUCUCGGUCUCAAUCUCAGUCAGAACUUCACCAUCAGCUGGAUGUGAUGAAUCGGAUGUUUUUAUGCACACGGUGCAGUCUUGAUGUUUUGUCUCUGUGGUCUUAAAGCGAACAAUAACUGAGGUUAACGUGCUCAUUUUCACAUUUUGUUUUGGGUGAUCGGUGUAGGACUCGUAGACCUUUUUUAACCCGCGGGGACUCUGCGUACAGAAGAGCUAACGGUUCCCAACUGUCCAUCCGAUGUGGUUGAAAACACCCUCAAAUUAAAGCUGAGAGUCAGCACUUUACUCUGUUAUUGUUGCGUUUCGUAUCUAAUGUGCUGGAGUACAGAAACAUUAAAAGCUAUCCUUUUUUUUUAGAAAAGAUGAACAGAUAAACGGGUACUCUGGAGUGAGUCAAGUCAAGUUUGUGUUCAUCAUAUUUCUCAAAAACAAAUGCACCAAUACACAUGAAGACUCAUGAAAGUACAACACACACGACCACCGACCUACAGUAGUCUGGACACUGCUUUAAAUAUCCGUGUGCAAAAUCUAAUUUAAUGCCUGAUAACUUAUCGCUGAACCGUCAUCGGAUUUCAACAAAAAGCUUGUGUUGGUGCCUUUUUUUUAGUUUUAUUUCAGUUCAUGAGUCAAAUCUGAACUUUAUUAUUUUUUUAAUUCUCAUCAGCAGUACGGUUUUGUGCAAUAAGUGAAACAGGAUGAGUCUGAACAUUGGUCAGGAUGUAAUGCGUUGUAUGUGCUUCAAUGCUAUUUACAGCUUAUGUUUGCACUAAUUAGUACUGCAGUGCUGUAAAGGAAGAAACAGGUGCCGUAUGAUUCCUGUUUGUGUGUCUCCGGGUUUGUACCAAAUGAUCCUUUUUGUUCAGUGUUCUAUUGUAAGCCUGUAACGCGGAUGACCACAGUACUGCUAUGCUCGAGGAUUACUUUAAUGCACAACUCCAGUACGCUACACCAGCCAUAUGUGUCUCCUGCAAUCAUUUCACUGUGAAUUCUCUUGUUUUCUUCUGACGGCAGAAUGUAACUAAAACCUGAAGCGAAGUUCAUUUAUUCUGCUUGAAUUUGACCGUGAAGCUGUGAACAUCUGAUUUGAAUUCGUAGUAACUCACAGAAGAGCAGCCCUGAGCGCCGUCGACGCACGUGUGUUGUGACGCAAAACGGAGCACAUUUUACUGUCUUUUGCGUUAAGGUUACUGAAAUGAAAAAAAGUGCAGUAUUUUAUCAUUCAUUGUGUUUAAUUUUUGUGUAAUUGCUUGAAUUUAAUUAUAAGAACAAUAUGAAAAUGUCUGGAGUUUUGCUGGAUUUGUUUUUUUCUAUUUCAUGACAAGCAUCUUUUUGUGGCAACAAUAAAAAAAGGAUAAGUUUA